AUGAUACAGGCCAAUUCAGUGAUGGAGAAAGCUUCUGGUAAAGGCUACCCAAAUAAUGGAGCGAACCUCCAAAAAGAUAAAUCUAAUUGCAAGAAGGAAAAUUUAUUGUCUUCCAAUGAUUACAGCGGAGUCAAACUGACUUUUCCUGAUGAUGAGUGGGAUUCCUUGGCACUAGAGCAAAGAGCUAAUGACAAAGAAAUAAGCAAUAUCGCCAAAAUAGAUUUAUUAGAGCCAUCUUUUUCAGUGAAUCAAGAUACUAAUAUAGAAAGUACUCACUCCCAGUCAAGUGAGUUUGAAGACAGUGUUGACUAUGCUUUUUUGAAUGAAACAUACUCUGUACAUUAUUCAGAGUCAAAACUAAAGAAUGAAAAUGUUAUUCAUUUAAAUGCAGAAUUAGAUCCUGAAAUGCAAAAAAGAGAAAAGGUCUUUUUUGAUACUUUGGAACAUCAAGGUAAUAAGACUAUUGGCUUAGAAAGAAUCCACACGAUCUUGGAAACUGAUUAUAAAGAAGCUGAUGAAGAUGUACAAAAGUAUGAUACAGAUGAAGACUCCCAGCAGGAGUACCACAGUGCAGAACUACUACAUACAAGUAGCCACUCAUCUUUUGACAAAGCAAAACCAUUGAGCAUAUCUAAUUUGGAUGUUGCUGAAUUAACGAAUUCUGGUUAUGAAGUUAAGUGUGUUAGCAAUCUAGAAGAAGACACUCAUUUUCAGUUACAGAGUGGUUCUGUUACCUCUUUAGAUUCACUUGAUGUUUUUGCACAAGAGUAUUCACCUUAUGUCUCUAAAUUUCAAAAUUCUGUUAUGUUAAAAGAAUAUCAUGAACCAAACCUUGAAAAGUAUAAGGAACAAGAGACUAAUUUAAUGUACCACACAAUGUUUGAUGACAUUAUACAAAGAAGCAGUUCUGGAAACCAAGAAUCUCAAUCUAAGAGUGGUUUCUUGAACCUGCAAAGGGCACUAAACACUAAAAUUUAUUCUAAAAAAAGGGAAUCUCAAGUAACUGAAAGUAAAGACUUCUAUGGACAUACAAUUGUCAAGAAUGAAACAUUGCAGCACCUUAAAAAUCCUGGCACAUUACCCCAGAACAAAGCUUUUGAGACACUGCAGUCCUGUAAAGAUUGCCAAACUUCCUGGCCCUCGGUUUUUGAUGACUCAGUCAUUUCUGCUUGUGGAUAUUCACAUUAUGAAAGCCUACAAAGCACCCCUGACCCAGCCUUGGGUUUUUCUGUUGUGCUACCAAGGGAUAUAGUCAAUAACCAGGCAAUAGAAGAGGAUAACUCCCUAAAAGUUGGUAGUAGCAAUACCACAAAUAAAGCAUUCUCUCAUGUGAAAGGAACAUGUCCGAAAUCUGUGACAGAUGCAGCAAGCUGUACAAUCACAAUUAACCAGGCAGUGGAUGUUAGCACUGAUUUUAGGGCUUGUUUCACAACCAGCAGAGGAACAAGUGCAAGAUCUUCUGUAGUAACUACAUCAAGCAACACAGAGAUAACAAUGAUGAAUAAAAAACGGCCUGGAGAAUGGCGAAGUGAAAGGCAAAGAAGUGUCGCUUGUAAUACAGACAGGGCAUACAGUCAUGAUUGUGCAGCUCCACAGAUGACUGUAGCAGAAGGAUCUGGAAAGACUCUCUCAGUUGAUAGUUUAAAGCCUGAUGGAACUUUCCUAAAUAAGGAUUCCCUGGAAUUAAGAACAUUUGAUAUCACAGAUUUAAAGAAGCAUCCUGAGAGGGAAUUUCAACUUUCUGAAGAGAUGGAGAAGAAUUUGUCAUCAAAGUGCUGUCAGAAGAUAAUGCAGAGAGCCAUCAAAGCAGAGAUGCACCUUUUAAAUGUUCACUAUCAGAUCUGUCAUCGCCAUUGUUGUGAUAUUUACAGAAUUAUAAUGGAAAAUAGAACAGGAUUAAAUAGGAAUUUACCAAGUAAUUAUGCUAAGAAGGAAUUAGGAACAGCACUACUAUCUAUUUUGGGGGUCUUAAAAGGUAGAUACACGAAUUUGAAAGGAAAAAUACACAAAGGCAUACCACUGGAAGAGCCCCCACUGUCAGUAGAAUCAAAAUUAUUAUCUGCCUUCUCUACUUUUGCUUCCAAGCUAAUGAAAGAAGAGUCACAGGAUUUUUUAGGAGCAGAUUUUGAACUAGAUAAUCAGGAUGCAGCUGAUGUUGAUAUUUCUUCAAGCCUAAAAAAGACACACUCUCAAAUGUCUUUAGUAUCUGACAGUAGUCAUUCUAAACAAGAUACAUCACCCAAGAAAGAUGAUUUAAAAAAUGGUGAUGUAAAUGUAGACUUCAGUCAACUGAAACUUGACAAUAAAGAGUGCAGAAAUAGUCAUGAAAUAAGUGAAGACUGGUUUGAUGCUACAGAAAACCUGACAGGAGUUGACUUCUCGGGAAUACAAGAAAAUCUAAUAGAACACAACAGAUGGGAUCCAAAGUUUUCACUAGAAAUGAAGAAUGUUGAACCAUUAGGAAGAGAUAAAGGUUUUAUGAUACAUGUUGGUGGUCUCUGUCCUUCAGUAUCUGAGGCUGAUUUAAGGACUCAUUUCCAGAAAUACCAAAUUUCUGAAAUUUCAAUUUAUGAUUCUUCUAAUUACAGAUAUGCAUCUCUUGCUUUUAAAAAAAACAAUGAUGCAAAGAUGGCUGUGAAAGAAAUGAAUGGGGUAGAAAUAAAUGGAAAAUCAGUAAAUGUGCGCCUUGUUAAGACUCCUGGAGAACAUAUGUCACCACUCUCCCCCAAAAAUGGGGAUAGAGCUAGUUUGAAUCAUUUGAAGAAAAACACCAAAGAAACCAUCCCAGCCUCCUCUGUUUCUAGAUUGCCCAAACACAGACCACAGCUGCUGGGAUCUGGGCAAGGGAGCGAGCAUUCCCCUUUGGACCCUAAGGGGAUCAAGAAGAACUGCAAACAGAUUGAAUCUGCUCACUUAUUACCUGAGACACCUGUUUACUUCAUACCUCCAAAUACAUUGAACCUUCGUAGCUUCACUAAGAUCAUGAAGAGACUGGCUGAACUGCAUCCAGAAGUCAGCAGAGAUCACAUUAUAGAUGCUCUUCAGAAAGUGAGAAUGAGUCAUAAAGGCUUUCUGAAUGGCUUGUCUAUUAGUACUAUUGUAGAAAUGACCUCAUCUGUCCUGAAAAACUGA